AUGGUCGACAUCGCUUCACCUGAUACGGUUGCAAUGCCCCUUGAGCAAUUUGUUCUUCUUGAACACGGCGAGCUGCGCCUGAAUACGGACAACGAACAACGUGCUUCGGUACCUGACUCUCAGCCAACUAUGGGGACCACCGCUGACGCUGCUACUGCUGAGGAUGUGGUGACGGUUUCUGGAACCGAAGCUCCAAGCUCUCCGUCUCCGACUCGUCGUCUGUCUUUCCGCAGUGCGGUGACUGGCGCCCAGGACCCAGGUGCGGCUCCACUGUCGUCUCGUGCUCGUCCGCGUGGCCUUCUCCCAACCCCCGAAGCUAUUGCCGCUAUUCGUCGUCUCUAUGACGAGGACGACAAGAACCCCGAUGCAAUUCUCGCGGCUGCUAAACAAGCUAGCUCAGCCAGAGGCAAUUCCUGA